AUGGCGUGGAUGUGGAAUGGGACCUCGUCAUUACCUUCAGGCGCGGGUAUUGAUUCCUCCAAUAACUUGAUAGUUUCACCUGCUAACUUCACCCAUGUAGGUAACUACACGUGCAAUGCGUCUAAUGCAUUGAGCUCUAUUCAAACAAGUGUCAUCGUUUACGUCAAGUACCCUGAAACCUGCGCUAAAGUGAAGGCCAACAUCAGUGACGUCAGUGCUGAUUACUUCAUUGAUCCAGACGGUGUUCUUGGCGAUGAUCCAUUUCCUGUUUACUGCAACAUGACUGACAAAGGAGGUGUUGGAGUGACAGUUGUCAGUCAUGACAGCGAGAACAGGACACACGUGGAUGGUUUUGAACCGCCUGGUUCAUAUUCCCUUGGUAUCGAUUACAACCCCGCCAGCAUUUCUCAGUUAAAGGUUCUAACAGACCUUUCCACCAAUUGCCAACAGCUCAUCAAAUAUGAGUGUCUGGACUCUAGAAUUAGAUCGUCUAAAUUUGCAUGGUGGGUGUCACGUGACGGUGAAGAAAUGUUCUACUUUGAUGGGGCCAAUCCAGGGUAUGAUGGCUGCGCCUGUGGAAAGAACAACUCGUGUGUCAAAGCGUCGAAAGUUUGUAACUGUGAUGAGAAUUCACAGAUAUGGCGAGUGGACAGCGGUCUUCUGACAAACAAAUCCCACCUUCCCGUCAUUCAGUUGAGGUUUGGUGAUACGGGAAGCUAUUAUAUCAGCAAUGGAGAUUUCCGACCUGAAGAAGGAUAUCACACUUUGGGAAAAUUGGAGUGCUAUGGAAUAAACUGAGCAAUGUACUGUCGUUAAGUGGAAUUCCUGAGGGAUGACAGAAUUGCAGUCAUUUCGCCCACCAGUCGUUUCGCUAACGACCAGCUUCAUUUUGUCUCAAGUCGUUUCGCACUCGUCUCAGGUCAGUUCGCUAAGGUAAGGGUCGUUCUGCUCACGUUGUGGGUUAUUUCA